GUAAACUGGAGUACACGGAUAGCUCACAAGGAGGUAGCGUAGGAGGGAGAGAAACCUUUUUAUUACUCUCCUAAAUUUCUGUCGUGAGUUUCUGCAACAUGGAAUUAAAAGAAGAGGGGGCAGUGGAAAUUCUACCCUACUGAUCACGCUGCAAACGUUCUCCUUCAAGACAAGCUCUUCUAUUUGCGAAGGAACAGUCCGAUUGGAGAGAAAUGUCUGACAAGAUGUCCAGUUUUCUGCACAUUGGGGACAUUUGUUCCCUGUAUGCUGAAGGGUCAACAAAUGGAUUUAUCAGUACUUUAGGACUCGUAGAUGAUCGCUGUGUGGUACAGCCUGACACGGGGGACCUCAGCAACCCUCCCAAGAAGUUUCGAGACUGCCUCUUCAAGCUGUGCCCCAUGAACAGGUACUCUGCGCAGAAACAGUUCUGGAAGGCGGCGAAGCCCGGUGGAAACAGCACGACGGACACGGUGCUCCUGAACAAGCUGCACCAUGCUGCAGAUUUGGAAAAGAAGCAAAAUGAAUCUGAAAACAGAAAGCUGCUGGGAACGGUUAUACAGUAUGGAAAUGUCAUUCAGUUGCUGCAUCUGAAGAGCAAUAAGUACCUGACGGUGAACAAGCGCCUUCCCGCACUGCUGGAGAAGAACGCCAUGAGGGUGAUGCUGGACGCCGCUGGGAACGAGGGCUCCUGGUUCUACAUUCAGCCCUUCUACAAGCUCCGCUCCAUCGGGGACAGCGUGGUCAUUGGAGACAAAGUGGUCCUUAACCCUGUGAAUGCUGGGCAGCCACUACAUGCCAGCAGCCACCAGCUGGUUGACAACCCAGGAUGUAAUGAGGUGAACUCUGUGAACUGUAACACCAGUUGGAAGAUAGUCCUGUUCAUGAAAUGGAGCGACAACCAGGACAUCAUUUUGAAAGGGGGCGAUGUGGUGAGGCUGUUCCAUGCCGAGCAGGAGAAGUUCCUGACCUGUGAUGACCACCGGAAGAAGCAGUAUGUCUUCCUUCGGACAACAGGGCGCCAGUCUGCUACUUCAGCAACCAGCAGCAAGGCAUUGUGGGAAGUGGAGGUGGUCCAACAUGACCCUUGCCGGGGUGGAGCCGGGUACUGGAACAGCCUGUUUCGUUUUAAACACCUGGCCACAGGACACUACCUAGCUGCUGAGGUGAACCCAGAUUAUGAGGAAGAGUGCCUUGAAUCCCGCUCCUCUCUGGAUUCGGAUCAGGAGGCCCUCCGAGCCCGCCUGCGCACCACCCAGGAGAAAGUUAUGUACACCCUGGUCUCUGUUCCUGAUGGCAAUGACAUCUCCUCAAUCUUCGAGCUGGACCCUACCACUCUGAGAGGGGGGGAUUCGCUCGUUCCCAGGAACUCUUAUGUGAGGCUAAGGCACCUGUGCACCAACACCUGGGUCCACAGCACCAACAACCCCAUCGACAAGGAAGAGGAGAAGCCUGUGAUGCUACGGAUUGGAACAUCUGCUCUCAAAGAAGACAAAGAGGCCUUUGCCAUCGUGCCCGUGUCCCCAGCUGAGGUGAGGGACUUGGACUUUGCCAACGACGCCAGCAAAGUCCUGGCAUCCAUAGCGGGCAAGCUGGAGAAGGGCACCAUCACACAGAACGAGAGGAGGUUUGUCACCAAGCUGCUGGAGGACCUGGUGUUCUUUGUGGUGGACAUCCCCAACAACGGUCAGGACGUGCUGGAGAUCAUGGUCAACAAGCCCAACCGGGAGAGGCAGAAGCUGAUGAGGGAGCAGAACAUCCUCAAGCAGAUCUUCAAGCUGCUGCAGGCGCCAUUCACGGACAGUGGAGACGGCCCCAUGCUGCGAUUGGAGGAGCUGGCUGACCAGCGCCAUGCCCCCUUCAGGCACAUCUGCCGCCUGUGCUAUCGGGUGCUGCGCCACUCCCAGCAGGACUACCGGAAGAACCAGGAGUACAUCGCCAAGCAGUUCCGCUUCAUGCAGAAACAGAUUGGGUACGAUGUACUGGCUGAGGACACCAUCACUGCCCUGCUGCACAAUAACCGCAAGCUCCUGGAGAAGCACAUCACCGCCGCAGAGAUCGACACCUUCGUCAGCCUAGUGAGGAAGAACCGGGAGCCCAGGUUUCUGGACUAUCUCUCUGAUCUGUGCGUGUCCAUGAACAAGUCCAUCCCCGUCACCCAGGAGCUCAUCUGCAACGCGGUGCUGGAUCCGGCCAAUGCAGACAUCCUCAUCGAGACAAAGUUGGUGCUGUCCCGGUUCGAGAUUGAGGGCGUUUCGAUCGGAGAGAGUCCGGUGGAGUCGGAAGAGGAUGAGGAGGAGGUUUGGCUCUUCUGGAAGGACAGCAGCAAGGAAAUCCGCAGCAAGAGCAUCCGUGAGCUGGCCCAGGAUGCCAAAGAGGGGCAGAAGGAGGACCAGGAAGUGAUCAGCUACUACAGGUACCAGCUAAACCUCUUUGCUCGCAUGUGCCUGGACCGGCAGUACCUGGCUAUCAACAAGAUCUCAGGCCAGCUGGACGUGGACCUGAUCCUGCGCUGCAUGUCGGACGAGGACCUGCCUUACGACCUGCGCGCGUCCUUCUGCCGCAUGAUGCUGCACAUGCACGUGGACCGUGACCCCCAGGAGCAGGUCACGCCCGUCAAGUACGCCCGGCUGUGGUCCAUGAUCCCGUCCCAGAUCGCCAUCGACGACUAUGACAAUGAUGGAACUACUAAGGAUGAGAUCAAAGAGCGGUUUGCUCAGACUAUGGAGUUUGUGGAGAAUUACCUGAGCGACGUGGUCUGUCAGAACUUCCCGUUCUCCGAUAAGGAGAAAAACAAGCUCACCUUUGAGGUUGUGAAUUUGGCUCGGAAUCUCAUUUAUUUUGGCUUCUAUAACUUCAGCGAUCUGUUAAGGCUGACCAAGGUCCUAUUGGCCAUUUUGGACUGUGUGCAUGUCAGCACCAUCUUUCCAAUUAACAAGAUGGCAAAGGGAGAUGAGACCAAAGGCAGCAAUGUCAUGAGGUCUAUCCAUGGGGUGGGCGAGCUGAUGACGCAGGUGGUCCUUAGAGGAGGGGGGUUCCUCCCCACGACCCCUGCCAACCCCCCUGACGGGAAUGUAGCCAAGACUCAGACCGAGCCGGAGAAGGAGGACAUCCUGGUUAUGGACACAAAGCUGAAGAUCAUUGAGAUCCUGCAGUUCAUCCUGAACGUGAGGUUGGACUACAGGAUCUCCUGCCUGCUCUGCAUCUUCAAGCGAGAGUUUGACGAGAGUAACUCCCAGUCUGACCUGUCGGUGGGGGGCAGCCAGGAGGCUCCCAACAACAUGCCUGGAGCGCUGGAUUUUGAACACAUAGAGGAGCAGGCCGAGGGGAUUUUCGGUGGGAGUGAGGAGAACACACCCCUGGACUUGGAUGACCAAGGUGGGAGGACGUUCUUGAGGGUCCUGCUCCACCUGACGAUGCACGACUACCCUCCCCUGGUGUCUGGUGCUCUCCACUUACUCUUCAGGCACUUCAGCCAGAGACAGGAGGUGCUACAGGCCUUCAAGCAGGUCCAACUCUUGGUGACAAGCCAGGAUGUGGAAAACUACAAUCAGAUCAAGGAUGAUCUGGAAUGGCUGCGCUCCAUUGUGGAGAAGUCUGAGCUGUGGGUGUACAAGCGGCAGGGUCCAGACGAGGGGAUGGACACGGGAGAUGGUCCGACAGCAGAGUCAGAACACACAAAGAAGGGAGAUUCAAACUCAAGGGGUUCAGACAAACAGAAAAAACCAGAAAGCACCAGCAGCUCCAAUUACAGAGCAUUGAAGGAGAUUCUGCUACGCCUCAGUAAGCUCUGUGUCCAAGAGGGCUCAUCGGGUCGCAAGAGCAAGAAGCAGCAUCAGAGACUGCUGAGGAACAUGGGAGCGCAUGCCGUGGUGCUGGAACUGCUGCAGAUCCCCUACGAAAAGGGAGAGGAUGUUCGCAUGCAGGAGAUCAUGAAACUGGCCCACCAGUUUCUCCAGAACUUCUGUGCUGGAAACCAGCAGAACCAGGCACUUCUGCACAAGCAUAUCAGCCUCUUCCUCAACCCUGGGAUUCUGGAAGCCAUCACCAUGCAGCAUAUCUUCAUGAACAACUUCCAGCUUUGCAGUGAGAUCAACGAGCGCGUGGUGCAGCACUUCGUGCACUGCAUCGAGACGCACGGCCGCAAUGUCCAGUACCUGAAGUUCCUCCAGACCAUUGUCAAGGCUGAGGGGAAGUUCAUCAAGAAGUGCCAGGACAUUGUGAUGGCGGAGCUGGUAAACGCAGGCGAGGAUGUGCUGGUCUUCUACAACGACCGCGCCUCCUUCCAGACGCUGGUGCAGAUGAUGCGGUCGGAGCGCGACCGCAUGGACGAGAACAGCCCACUCAUGUACCACAUCCACCUGGUGGAGCUGCUGGCCGUCUGCACCGAGGGCAAGAACGUCUACACCGAGAUCAAGUGCAACUCCUUGUUGCCCCUGGACGACAUCGUGCGGGUGGUUACCCACGAGGACUGCAUUCCCGAGGUGAAAAUCUCGUACAUCAACUUCCUGAAUCACUGUUAUGUGGACACUGAGGUGGAGAUGAAGGAGAUCUAUACAAGUAACCACAUGUGGAAGCUUUUUGAAAACUUCCUGGUUGAUAUCUGUAGGGUCUGCAACAACACCAGUGACAGGAAGCAUGCGGACACCGUCCUCGAGCGCUACGUGACGGAGACUAUAAUGAGCAUUGUCACCACCUUCUUCAGCUCUCCUUUCUCUGACCAGAGCACCAGCUUACAGGCAUCCAUUUUGGGCAGAAUAAUAGAGACUCGGCAGCCAGUGUUUGUUCAGCUCCUGCAGGGCGUAUUCAGGGUGUAUCACUGUAGUUGGCUGACUCCUGUGCAGAAGGGCUGUGUAGAGAGCUGCAUAAAGGUUCUCUCUGACGUGGCUAAAAGCCGGACUAUCGCCAUACCUGUGGACCUGGACAGCCAGGUGAACAGCCUCUUCGUCAAAUCCAACAACAUUGUGCAGAAGACGGCCAUGAGCUGGCGUCUGUCGGCUCGUAACGCGGCGCGGAGAGACUCUGUGCUGACCGCCUCGCGCGACUACAGGAACAUCAUCGAGAGGCUGCAGGAUAUAGUGUCCUCCCUGGAGGAGCGGCUCCGCCCCCUGGUGCAAGCCGAGCUCUCGGUCCUGGUGGACGUGCUGCACCACCCUGAGCUCCUCUUCCCGGAGAACACCGAUUCCCGCAGGAAGUGUGAGAGUGGCGGCUUCAUCUGCAAGUUAAUCAAGCACACCAAGCAGCUCCUGGAGGAGAACGAGGAGCGGCUGUGCAUCAAGGUGCUGCAGACGCUGCGCGAGAUGAUGACCAAAGACCGGGGCUACGGGGAGAAGCUGUUUGCCUUUGAUGAUGAAAUGGAUGUGGCUGAGGAGCUCGAUCAAAACCAGCCCCAGAAGCAGUUGGAGGAUCAGAAAAGGGGUGAAGCACUGAGGCAGAUUCUGGUGAACCGUUACUAUGGCAACUUCCGGCCCGGAGGGAGGCGAGACAGCCUGACAAGUUUCAGCAAUGGCCCUCUCACUGCAGUCGGGCCAGGCAAGACCCAAGCAGGUUGCGGAGGGGGGCCUGCAGCCCUGAGCCGGGGGGAGAUGAGCCUGAUGGAGGUGCAGUGGCAUCUGGACAAGGAGGGCGCAUCCGACCUGGUCAUAGACCUCAUCAUGAAUACCACCAGCGACCGUGUGUUCCAGGAGAGCAUUCUAUUGGCCAUUGCCCUGCUGGAAGGCGGGAACACCACCAUACAGCGUUCUUUCUUCUGCCGUCUGAUGGAAGACAAGAAAUCCGAGACGUUUUUCAAGGUGUUCUAUGAUCGGAUGAAGCUGGCCCAGCAGGAGAUCAAAGCUACAGUGACCGUCAAUACCAGCGACCUCGGGAACAAGAAGAAGGACGACGAUGCCUUGGAUCGGGAAGUGCCCGUACGGAAGAAAGGAAAGGACGCGGUCAUUGUGGUGACGGAAGAGGUGAGGGAACAGCUCCUGGAGGCUUCCUCCGCCACCAAGAAGGCCUACAACCUUUACCGCCGCGAAGCCGACUCCGACGAGCACUUUGCCACCGCCGAUGGGCAGCCCAGCACGGGCGAGAAGAGCCAGGACGACGGCGAGAUGAGCGUCGUCAUCGCCAUCAUGAAGCCAAUCCUGCGCUUCCUGCAGCUUCUGUGCGAAAACCACAACCGUGACCUGCAGAACUUCCUGCGCUGCCAGAACAACAAGAACAACUACAACCUGGUGUGCGAGACACUGCAGUUCCUGGACUGCAUCUGCGGCAGCACCACGGGCGGCCUGGGCCUCCUGGGCCUCUACAUCAAUGAGAAGAACGUGGCGCUCAUCAACCAGACCGUGGAGAGCCUCACGGAGUACUGCCAGGGACCCUGCCACGAGAACCAGAACUGCAUUGCUACCCAUGAAUCGAAUGGUAUCGACAUCAUCAUAGCUCUGAUCCUCAAUGACAUCAACCCCCUAGGAAAGAAGAGGAUAGACCUGGUUCUGGAGCUCAAAAACAAUGCUUCUAAGUUGCUGCUUGCCAUCAUGGAGAGCCGCCAUGACAGUGAAAAUGCUGAAAGAAUUCUCUACAACAUGCGACCCAAGGAACUGGUAGAUGUGAUUAAGAAAGCCUACCUGCAGGGGGAGAUAGAGUUUGAGGACCCCGAGGAGGAGGAGGAUAAUGGGGAGGAUCACGCCGCCUCCCCCAGGAACGUGGGCCACAACAUCUACAUCCUUGCCCACCAGCUGGCCAGGCAUAACAAGGAGCUGCAGGCCAUGCUGAAACCAGGAGGCACCAGCGGAGAGGGGGACGAGGCCCUGGAGUUUUACGCCAAGCACACGGCCCAGAUCGAGAUUGUGCGGCAGGAUCGAACCAUGGAGGAGAUCGUCUUCCCGGUUCCCAACAUCUGUGAGUUCCUCACCUGUGAGUCCAAACUGCGAGUGUACUACACCACGGAGCGCGACGAGCAGGGCAGCAAGAUCAACGACUUCUUCCUGCGUGCCGAGGACCUCUUCAACGAGAUGAACUGGCAGAAGAAGCUACGAGCCCAGCCCGUCCUGUACUGGUGCUCUCGCAACAUGUCCUUCUGGAGUAACAUCUCCUUCAACCUGGCUGUGCUGAUGAAUCUGCUGGUGGCUUUCUUCUACCCCCUGGAGGGGGUUCGUGGAGGGACCCUGGAGCCCCAUCUGUCUGCGCUGCUGUGGUUGGGCAUGCUGGUGUCGCUGGCCAUCGUCAUCGCCCUGCCCCAGCCGCACGGCAUUCGAGCGCUCAUCGCCUCCACCAUCCUUCGCCUCAUCUUCUCUGUGGGCCUGGAGCCCACGCUCUUCCUGCUCGGGGCUUUCAACGUUUGCAAUAAGAUAAUCUUCCUGAUGAGUUUUGUUGGCAACCGUGGGACGUUCACCCGAGGCUACAAGGCCAUGAUCCUGGACAUGGAGUUCCUCUAUCACCUGCUGUACCUCAUCAUCUGCAGCCUAGGCGUGUUCGUUCAUGUCUUCUUCUACAGUCUUCUGCUCUUUGACCUGGUCUACAGAGAAGAGACGCUACUGAACGUGAUCAAGAGUGUGACGCGUAAUGGCCGCUCUAUCGUCCUGACCGCAGUGCUGGCGCUCAUCCUGGUCUAUCUCUUCUCCAUCGUUGGAUACAUCUUCUUCAAGGACGACUUCAUCCUGGAGGUAGACAGGAUACCCAAUUCAACGAUAGAGGGCGGGGCGAGCAUGGCAGGAGGGUUUCUACCCGCGGACGUCUGCAGGACGGACGGCGGAGAGAACUGUUCCACGGAGGCCGCCGUGGAGGCCCUCACCACAGAGAUGUCUAAUGAUGACGCCGAGGACAAGGAACGCACCUGUGAGUCCCUGCUCAUGUGCAUCGUCACCGUCCUGAGCCAUGGGCUGCGGAGCGGGGGAGGGGUCGGCGACGUCCUGCGCAGGCCGUCCAAAGAGGAACCUCUGUUUGCCGCCCGGGUGAUCUACGACCUCUUGUUCUUCUUCAUGGUCAUCAUCAUCGUCCUCAACCUGAUCUUUGGUGUCAUCAUCGACACGUUCGCCGAUCUGAGGAGCGAGAAGCAGAAGAAGGAGGAAGUGCUCAAGACGACGUGCUUCAUCUGCGGGCUCGAGAGGGACAAAUUUGAUAACAAGACUGUGACUUUCGAAGAGCACAUCAAGGAAGAGCACAACAUGUGGCACUACCUGUACUUCAUAGUGCUGGUGAAGGUGAAGGACUCCACAGAGUACACCGGUCCUGAGAGCUACGUGGACGAGAUGAUCAAGGCACACAACCUGGACUGGUUUCCCCGUAUGAGAGCCAUGUCUCUGGUCAGCAGCGACGCGGAAGGCGAGCAGAACGAGAUCCGCAGCCUGCAGGAGAAGCUGGAGUCCACCAUGAAGCUGGUGGCCAACCUGUCAGGCCAGCUCACCGAACUGAAGGAGCAGAUGACUGAGCAGAGGAAGCAAAAACAGCGCAUCGGACUCCUGGGCCACCCCCCCCACAUGAACGUCAACCCCCAGCAGCCUGCCUGAUGGGUGGGGCGCACCGCAGGAGAGCAGGACCAGGGCAGACAGACUGCCCGGAACGUGCAGAGAACGUUCUGGUAGAGACCAGCAGAGAAUAAUUUAUGAAGGUUAAGGGGCCACUGAGGAACCAGUAUUCUUCUGCCUUACCACUUUCCAUAUAGUACACAAAGGUGAAUUCCAAAGUCAUGUCCUUUACUAGGCAAACGCAGCAGGGCUAUACAGGUCUGCAGGGAAUCGUGUGCAUGUUCUGGCUUGGGUAACAGACCUGUUGAAAGAUGGCUUUUUUUUUGUUAUUUAAAACCGGUAGGGCAAAGCAGUAUUUAUGGUUUUGUUUUUGUAUGAUGUGCAAUAUGAACACUAUGAUAUGCAACCACCAUGAUGUGUAUCCUGUACGUUGUCUCAAAGGGAUGGUAUUUGGAAGUUCGUUUUAUUGUUUUUCUGAAGAGAGAUUAAAAAGAACACAUCUUUCUCACUUAAAGAGAGCUGUGGGUUGAAGCUACCACAUCUAGAACAGCAGGUCGAAGAUGCCGUUUUGAGUAUGAGCCUUCCUGUUUUUAUUGGUUUUAUUUUUUUCUGAGUGAAUCAAAAUCUAUAUUAUGCUCACACAAGUGCUUAAGCAUAAUUGUAUAUUGUCUGGAAGCAAUAUCUAUAGUCUUAUUCUGAAAAUGGUCAAUUUUCUCUCACACAAGCAUUUCUGUCAUCUGCAUUUACAUGGAUUAGAAACUCCCCUUGACAUCCUUACACAUCCUGGUUUGUGAUAAAUACUGUGAUGAGAAUGGAGCAGGGUGUGAGAUGAUCAUAUAAUCUUUAUUAUGAGUUUUCUGGUUAGAAUCCGAUUGAGUUUUCAGACUUUGAUUCUGUUGAUGGGAGAUUUUAUUUCUGACAGCUGGUAGGCCUGCCAGUCAUUCAUUCCUGUAUCUUUAAGACUCGUAGAGCAGCACUGACUUACUACCUGUGAAAAAGCCACUUUUUUGUCUAUUUUUAUUUCUUUUUCAUCGCGUUUGAAUUUCUCUUUACAUUGAAUCACGCGACACUGACAGAUUUUGCGUUCUCACAGCUGAGAAUUCAGAAAAGACAUCUUCCUUUUUUAAAGAAGUGUAUAUGUUUUUUUUUAAAUUGUAUAGUGGGCCUCCAUUUUCAGACCGAUGUUAUGGGAUUUGAUAACAGUGUUACUGAAAGAGAUAAUCUUCACAGAGUACUAAUAUAAAAGAUUGGUGUACUGUUUGAAUUGUACAUUCAUUUAAAUAUAUUUAAUAAAGUAUAUAAGUAAUUCACCUUCA